UGCUCUCCUUUAUGCAACUAACCUGCUGCUGCUGCUGCUGCUGCUGCUGCUACAUACCACACAAAUUCUGGACUUUAGUCCUGUUACUUCAGUGCCAACGCCCUCCGAGCUGCUCAGACUGUCAGAGCUGGACGACAGUCAGCCGUCUGCUGUGAGGGAGGCUGGACGUACAAACAACAAGCUCGGGUUGACACGUGAAAUCUGUUGGCUGAGACGCUCUCGAGAUGUACCGACUGACCUUGGUAGUACUUGCAGUGCUGCUCUGCUCUUCACCUUUGGUAAAUGGAGGGAAAGUCUUGGUAUUCCCUGUGGAUGGAAGCCACUGGGUCAACAUGAAAGUCCUCAUCGAGGAGCUUCACUCCAGAGGCCAUGAAAUUACAGUGGUGCGGCCAUCAGACAGCUGGUACAUCAAGCCAGAUUCCCCUCACUACCAGUCCAUCACUUUAAAUUCCUCUGCUGGUUUUGAUGCGAAACACUUUGGGUCAUUUAUAUCCGCAAUGCUGAACAUGCGGAGGGAAGGUGCUUCAUUUUGGUCUCGUAUAUCUCUGGAAUAUGAACUGGUGGUACAAUUCUAUGAGAUGCAUAAGAAGGUGCUUCAGAUGGUGGGGGAGAUGUUUGAGAAUACCAAACUGAUGCAGAACCUCCACGAUGCCAAAUAUGAUUUGGUUCUGACGGACCCUGCAAUUGGUGGAGGGGUGCUUCUGGGUCACCGUUUGGGUCUUCCACUUGUCUUAAAUGUGAGGUGGACUGUUGAGGGUGAGGGGCAUCAGGCAAUUGCACCUUCCCCGAUAUCCUAUAUCCCAAUACCUGGGACAGAGCUGACUGACAAGAUGACAUUUCCCCAGCGGCUCAAGAACUUCCUGUACUAUUUCUUCACGUGUUUUCAAAUUUGGUACGUCACAGAACCGAACUACAAACCAUUUGUCCAUCGUUACUUCGGAAAAGACGUACAUUACAUGGAGCUGUUUCAGGCGGCAGACAUCUGGCUGAUGAGGAACGAUUUUACCUUUGAGUUCCCCCGACCCACAAUGCCAAACAUCAUCUACAUGUCAGGAUUUCAGUGCAAACCCUCCAAGCCCCUGUCUAAAGAACUAGAGGAUUUUGUCCAGAGCUCUGGUGAACAUGGCGUCAUCGUUAUGACAUUGGGAACCCUGGUGGCAAAACUUCCUGAGGACAUUGCUGAGGACAUUGCCGCUGCUUUUGCCCAACUUCCUCAGAAGGUGAUCUGGAGGCACGAAGGCAAAAGACCAUCAACCCUCGGCAACAACACCUUACUCUUGGACUGGCUGCCUCAAAACGACCUCCUGGGUCACCCCAAGACCAGAGUGUUUGUGGCCCAUGGAGGCACCAAUGGAAUCCAGGAGGCCAUCUACCACGGCGUCCCCCUGGUCGGCCUGCCCCUCAUGUUCGACCAGCCUGACAACUUCUUCAGGAUGAAAGCAAGAGGUGUGGCAAAAGUCCUGGACAUUGCAACUGUGAACAAAGACAACUUCCUGGAGGCACUGAAGGAGGUACUCUAUGAACCGACCUACAGGGAGAAGAUGAAGGCUCUGUCCAACCUGCAGAGAGAUCAGCCCAUAAAACCACUGGACCACGCCAUGUUCUGGAUUGAGUUUGUCAUGAGGCACAAAGGUGCGCCGCAUCUAAGGACUGAUUCUUACAAGAUGUCCAAGAUCCAGUACUACUCGAUUGAUGUGGUGGCGUUUCUUCUGGCAGUUAUUUUACUAGUAUUAACUGUUUUUAUUACUGCAGCAAAGUUUUUGUGGCGGAGAGUGUUUUCUAGAAGCAAAGUCAAAAAGGAAUGAUGAAUGUGCUGCAAGAUAGUCACAUUUUAUGGAUCCUGAUUUCUUGCAAAGAAACUGUUCUGUUCUGGAUUUAGAGUCAUGUACAGAUUCCUAACAUGCCUGAGUGUCUGUAGCUGAAUGCACCCACAAACCUCCUAAUGUCUAAUGACUUCAGCCAAAGAGGUCAUGUUCCUGUUCUGUUUGUUUGUUUGUGUUUGUUAGUUAGCAGGAUAUCUCAAAAAUAUGUAGUUAAUUUACAGUGCAAUUGUAAAGUCAGGUGAUCAGUUUUUAGUCCAUAUCCAGGAAUUUUUAGAAAGAUCUCUUGCAGGUUUUUCAAAACAUUUUUCUUAUUCUCACAAACUUCCGCACUUACUUGAAUGAAAUGAAAUAAGACUUAGAAUUUUAUAGAAACUGGCACAUGUAUCUUGUGAUUGUCUAUCACUAGGGCUGGGCGAUGAUUCAAUAUUGUGUAUGACUUUUAGUGAUGAUAUGAUGUUGUCAUAUUAUUGUUCCACAAAUGUACCAAAUAAUGAUUUUGAACAAGCUAUAACUAAAAAUGAGGGACUACACCGUCCUAUAACUAAAAACUUACAAAAUGAUUUAUUGGCAAGUUUUGUUUUACACAUAUGAAGAGUUUGGUCUUGUGUACUGCAUAACAGUGGAACAAAAAUGUGAUUAUUUUAUAUGUACCUUUGCAUAUAUUCAAGGAUUCAAUAUAUGUUUUAUCAUGUGAUACUAGUCUGCAAAUACAUAAUUAAAUAUUUGUGUCCUAGUUGCUCCCUGGACAAUACAUAUAUAUAUAUAUAUAUAUAUACACACACACACACAGUAAUAUUUACACACUGGACCAUAUACUGUAUGUACAGCUUACAACUAUAAUGACAUACUGUAUAAACAAAUACAGUAUAAAAUAAUAAACAUUAGAAAAUAUCAUUAUUAAUAUCAUAAUCAUGAUUACAACUAUAUCGCCCAACCCAAUCGAUCGCUUGUUUUUUAUGCAGAUGUGAAUGCAGAUGCAGGUUAAAGAAUACAGAACAUUUUCUAUUAUUAAAUGUUCAACUAAUUUAACCAACUGUACAGAUUUGAUAAAGGUAUGCACACUCUGACAGCAUUUUAGUUUGUAAUUUGUAUUUUUCUUACUUGUGUUUUUUCUUAUUUUUUAGAGGUAAUUGAAAGAAAUAUUUCAUUAAAUUAAUAAAUUCCAUACUUAGUUCACUCAUCCAGCAACAUUUGUUGUCGUCUUUGUCCAGUUAUGUAUCAAACAUCUUAUAAUUUUCAUUCUCAACGUUGUAUUUUCUGCAUUAAAAAAGAAAACAACGGACCAUACAACUGUACAUGUUUACUGGAAGGACAUUAAGGCACAAGGACAAGAACAAGUUGUGUUAAUGCUUAAUAAUGGGUAUUGUCUUGUUAAACAAAGGAUAAAUAAAAUAAAUGGUGACAUAUUAAA